CCUCGGGAGUUUAAAAAGGAAAAAGAUAUAAAUAGGAUCCGAAAGAUAUGGCAGUCAGUCGUGUUUCGAGCUCGAACUUUCAAGCAUGGUUCGAGGAAUGGGACACGUCUUUUUAGCCAGUGCGGUACUAUGUGCCGUCCUGGUGUCUUGUAUCGCCAAAGAGGACGUACAAGUGCAAGAAGUAAAGGAGCUAGAUUCGGUCGCAGCCGCUACUGGACAUGGAAAACACUCCGAGUCUGGCGGAGGUCACAAGCACCAUUCCGACCACCAUGAAGAACACGGCGAGAAGGGCGACAAGGGUUACAAAAAUCACCAUCAUCAUGACAAGGGUGAUCACGGUAAGCAUGGAAAGGAACACCACGCCGGACACCACGAAGAGCACGGUGGACACAAAAAAGGGCAUCACGACAAAGCCGGCAAGCAUGGUGAGCAUCACGAGAGUGGAAAGGGUCACAAGGCCGCGAAAUUCGGGGAAAAGAAGGGCCAUAAAAAAGGUCAAAAGACCAGCGGUUAUCACCACAAGGCCCACAAGGACGAGUACCACAAAGAGCACAAGUUUUACGACGAUUAUCACAAAGGUGGACACCACGAGAAACACGGUGACUUUCACGGACACCAUGGAAAGAAGGAGGGAGGACACAAGAAGGGAGGCCAUCAUCAUUCCGGUUACCACGACGAUCACAAGGGCAAGAAGGGCCAUCACGAAAAGGGUCAUCAUGACGAAGACCACAAGGGUCAUCACGGCAAACAUGGACACGAGAGCCACCACGCCCACCAUGAGGAUUACGGGAAAAAAGGCGGUCACUCCGGAGGAAAAAAGCACGGAUUUUCUAGCGGUCACCACUGAGAGGAAUAAAAUUUUCUUCGUCAUUUUGUUGUUGUUGUUGUCGGUUCAAAAGUGUUGAGGAUACCCAAGACGCUUGUACCGCAACCAGAAAUUUCUGUUGUUAAUUAGUCCGUAAUUAUUGUUGUAAUUGUUUCUUAUAUUAAACAAUAAUUGUUGAAAGAAA